AUGGGGAGAAAGCUGCGUUACGUGUUGGUUUUCCUUCUCAUCAUCCUGAAGGAGCCCAACAUGCCAGAAGCGGGCUGUAAGAGUAAGUGUGAAUCAGCCUCAGUCUGCGGUUGCGACAAAAUGGGCCUAACUAGCAUCCCCCAGGACUUGCCAACAAACAUCUCCUGCUUGGAGUUAUUUUAUAAUAAGAUUAAAACUCUCAAUGGUUCAGAGCUCACAAGGUAUAGAGACCUGACAAAAUUGCACCUAAACUACAAUCAAAUAACUACCAUUCAGUUUAGUGCAGUUUCAAAGGUAUCAGAGCUUACAGUACUAAGCAUAGGUGGCAACCGACUAACUAACAUCCAACCUGGGGUAUUUUCAAAUGUACCAAAGCUGACAUUUUUGUACCUGUCAGCCAACCUGAUAACUAACAUUCAGCCUGGUGCAUUUUCAAAUAUACCAAAUCUCCUUGAGUUAAUCUUAUGCCACAACCUAAUAGAUAACAUUCAGCCUGGUGCAUUUUCAAAUUUACCAAAUUUCGAACGGUUACAACUCUGCUCCAACAAAAUAAAUAACAUUCAGCCCGGUUUAUUUUCAGAUUUACCAAAACUUAAAGUACUGAAUUUGGCAUCCAACCGAAUAACUAACAUCCAGCUCAGCGUAUUUUCAAAUCUACCAAAGCUAUGGGAAUUGUCUCUUAACUCCAAUCAAAUAGCUAACAUUCAACCAGCUACAGUUUCAAAUCCACCCCAGCUUGUCAUCUUGCGCCUGGACGAAAACAACAUCAAUGAUAUUCAGGAUAACACAUUCUUGAAUCUACCCAAGCUAAAAUAUUUGUACCUAAGAUCCAACAACAUAACUAGUAUCCAGCCAAGACAGUUCGCAAAUCUCACAGAGUUGAACUUGCAGUCAAACCAGAUAGCUGUCCUUCCUCUGUCGGCACAUAGAAUUCUAUCAUCCAUUUCUCUCUUACACAUUGGCAACAACCCCUGGCAGUGUGACUGCAAAAUGGCUCCCUUCAGGCUACAAAUGAACGGGCAUCCGAUGCGUUCGUUUGAAGACCAAAUAGUAUGCCACACGCCUGCCAUGUUCGCUGGACAAAAGCUUAAAGAUAUUGACCCUACGGCACUGAUCUGUAAAGUGGCACCAACUCCUACAAUGGCACCACCAACCAAACUAAGUUUCGUAUCAAGUAAAAUAUCAAUUGUGCCUGUUGAUGGCCGAUUCGAAAUCGGUAACAGCUCCAACAAUGGCAAAAUUCACCACACUUCUAACUAUAAAUGGUGCUUCAAACGAAAUCCUGGCUCAAAGGCACGCCCUGUAUACGCAGGCAGUACAUUCAUCCCACUGCCUGUAGAUCAAAGGGAACAGGAAAGCAACAGUUCCCAUGAAUCUGCUCCCAGUUUCCCCCUACCUGUUCUCAUUGCCUCUGUCUCUGGUUUGGUAGCUGGCAUUGUCCUGAUUGGUGGUAUCAUCCUCACCAUGUGGUACAAGAGGAGGGCCAAGAAUCCUCCUUCAGGCCAAAAUCCCACGACCGUUUUGGAUGAUAGAGUUACUCAAAUUAAGAUUCCUCUAGCUGCCUUGCAGCCAAAUCGCCUUGACAGAGAUGCAGAAACACUAAGGAACCGUCACCAAACAUCAGAGGGUGCAGGUUCUACCAAAGGUCUUAACGAUGUUGAUUUAACUAGUAGUGUUACAAACACAAACACAAACACCACCACGUGCACAGCUACUGUAGUGACCAUUCAUUAUCGUGAUCACCAGUAUGAAGAUAUAGACACUAGUACUCAGCAUACUCAGACAGAUCAGAAGACGACUGAAUCUAACAUAAACAUUCCAGCCACUGUAGUGACCAGUGGUCGAGGACAGACAGGACAGGGUCAGUCUCAGGCCGUCACUGCAAAUUCUAUGUAUUUUGGUGUUGAAACUUUGCCAAAGGGUCCCAUCACAUCAACACAAAUGUCUAGCAGUGAAGAUCAAACGAGGCAGGGCAUUGAUCAUCCCAUUUAUGAAUCCAACACAGCACCUAAAGUUACCAGAUGUAGUGAUCAGACAGUGCAGGGUAAGUCACAGGCUACCACUGAUGAAUCUUUGGAUGGUACAAAUCUGAUAUACAACACAGAAUCAGCUGCCUUGGAGUCUAAUUCUCUGUAUGAAUCUAGAAAUGAUCAGACAGGGCAGGGCCAGCCUCAGGUUACCAGUGAUGCAUCGUCAGAUGGCCGAAAUGUAGUAUAUAACACCGGGCCGGAAGCCUCAGAGCCUAAUCCUGUGUAUACAGGAUCGAACAAGGCAGGGAAAAACUCAGUAUAUCAUAUCUGGUAGAAUUAGAUGCCUAAGAGUCUAAUUCUGACUCUAUAAAUGAAGAAAUGAUAAGACAGGACUGGAUCCUCAAGCUACCAGUCAUGCAUCGUCGGAUAACCGAAAUGUAAUAUACAACACAGAGCCAGUAGCCUCAGAGCCUAAUCCU